AUGGAACUACUAGUACGUAUAGGGCCUUACUAUAAACUCUUCUCUCUCCCGGUCCACCGUGAUAAUAAGGCCACCGUUUUCCGGCCACUCUCAAUAUCAUCACCCCACAUGAGAGCGUUCCAGGCAUGGCUAUCUCUCUUCUCUUGCUUUUUCUCCACCUUUUUCAUCCCUCCCCUCAUCAUCGUCAUCCGCCACGACCUCAGCCUCACCGAAGCCGACAUCAGCCGAGCCGGCAUAGCCUCUUUCUUGGGCUCCAUCUUCUCCCGCCUAGCAAUGGGAACCGCAUGCGUCCUCGUUGGCCCCAGAGUUUCCUCCGCCACGCUCUCUCUCCUCACUGCUCCUGCCAUCCUCGCCAUGUCGUUUCUCGACUCCUCCCCUCAAACCUUCAUCGCAGUUCGCUUCCUUGUCGGGUUUUCCUUGGGGAAUUUCGUAGCCAACCAGUUCUGGAUGAGCUCAAUGUUCUCUGGUCCCGUGGUUGGGGUCGCCAACGGCAUCGCCGCUGGAUGGGCCGACGUGGGAGCGGGCAUGACCCAAUUACUCAUGCCGGUCAUUUACUCUAUCUUAAACACAGCCCUUAAGUUGUCGUCUUCCACCGCUUGGAGCGUGGCAUUUAUAUUCCCGACGGUGUUUCAAGUCGUGACGACGACACUAGUGUUGUCCUUCGGUCAAGACCAACUGAGACCCAUUGACUCUUCUGAACAUCAAAAAAACACAACAAAAAAUAAUGAUGAGAGCUUACGUGUAGCUCUUUUUGAUGGUCUAAAGAACUACAGAGGUUGGAUUUUGGCAGUGUUGGAUGGGGUUUGUUUCGGUGGACUGACCACUAAUAAUAUCAUAGCCGUGUACUUUUACAACCGGUUUGGGCUGAAUACUAAUGUCGCCGGAGUGAUUGCGGCAAGCUUUGGAAUGGCCAACUUUUUAUUCCGGCCGGCCGGAGGGUUAAUCUCCGACGAUUUGGCGAAGAGAUUCGGGAUGAGUAGGAGAAUUUGGGGUUUGUGGGUAGUGCAGACAGUGGCCGGGUUGCUUUGCCUGUUACUCGGGCGGGGUAACUUGCUAUGGGGCUCCAUUGUUGUCUUGUGUGGAUUCUCUGUGUCAAUUCAAGCUGCAGGGGUGCUCACAUUCGGCGUUGUUCCUUUUGUUUCCAAGAGGUCACUGGGAGUGAUAUCAGGUAUGACAGGGGGUGGAGGACCUGUUGGAGCAGUAAUAGUACAGCUGUUACUAAUUUCAGACUCUUCUAAAUUAUCUAAGCAGACGAAUUCUUUGAUAGGAGCUAUGAUGAUUGUUUUUACUCUCCCAGUCACAUUCAUCUACUUCCCUCAGUGGGAUGGGAUGUUCUGUGGCCCAUCUGAUCAUACUAAUUCACCAACAGAACAUUUUCCCCAGCUUGAAUAGUUUUU